GUUUUUUGUGCCCCUAAACAGUGCACUUGAAUUUCCGUAGCGCUCAUCCUCUCGCAGGAACUCAGGAAGUACAUUGUAAAGAAAGAAAACCUCCCGCCAAAAUCACAUUAGGCAUUUCAAUUUCUCAAUCUUUGGCGUAGCCAUCGCCAGAAAAAAUGGAGGUGAAAGAAGCUGGAUCUUCGUUGGACGCGCUUAUCUCUUCUUUCAACGCUCGAAUCGCCGAGCUUCAGCAACUCGUCAUCGCUCGAAACAUGUAUCCAUCGAGCAGUAUUUCCGACUUAACUGCGGUUGAUUCGUCACUCUCUGGAUUAGAGCUCCAGCUCGAGAAUAUCCGAACCCGAUUGCGUGAAGAAACUGAAGCCAUCCCCAAAGCCAAAAAAUUGAUAGAGGCAUCAUUGAAGCAACAGAAGAAACUGCAAUUUAUUGCUGCUAAUAUUCCUUUGAGCUUGUCUGGAAGAAUGGACCACACAACACAAGAUACCAUUAAUGGUGUUCAACAACAUUCUUGUACAGAUGAUUUAACUCAUGAGCCUCUGAAAAUUGAAGAGCCCGCACAAAGAGAAAAAAAGGGUCGUGCGCCUCCACCAUUGUGGUACCUCAAUGCUGAUGAUCUGAAUAAUCUGCCAUCGUACAUGAGAGGCAGGCUCACUCUUGAUAAGAUCAAUGCAGCUAUUGAUGACAUUGCAAUGUAUGCUGAAACAAAUUCCCAGCUCAUCAGAGCACCUAGAAAGAAGUUGACUGAGAAUAUCGUGGAGAAAGCAAUGGAACUAAGAGAUAUUGCUGCAACAGAAGCGUUUAAGGGGAAACACUUCUUUCUUGAGUCAGACAUUAAAGGCCCUUCACUGAAACUUGACCAUACAGGAAAAGCAAUACUGACUAUCCUUCGACACACUGGUCGUAUUACUGAAGGUCGAAGUGGGCAUAACCGUGUUUUUAUACUUGUAAGGCCUCAACAAAUUUGAUAGGUAUGUAUGUUAUAUGAAUCUAGGAAUGGUUGAAUGUAGUAAUGUACAUCCGCCACCGCCUUUAUGUGUUAGUACACCAUAUCUAUGGUUUGCUGUUGUAUUUAUUCUCUUUGAGUUGUGUGACCCAGCAAUUUCAAUACAAGCAGGAAAGGAUCAAGGAAUUAUGGCUAAAGGGGGCAAUUUUUUUCAUUAGUUUAGACUGUUUAUUUUGUUAUUCAAAAUAUAUAUAUUUUCAUUAGCUUAUACUGGACAUUUAAAAUUACCCCUCUAAACUUAC